AUGGGAAGAUUCAUCCACAUAGAUUUACUUGUAUCUGUGAUGAGCAAACAAUUACAACAACAAAUAAAUAAAAACUGGCAGUAUCAAUCAAAGACUCUAAGUUUGCAAAAAACAAAUGAAAGACUGAAGAAGGCCUAUGUUGCUUUUCAGGCAUGGAAAAAGGCCAUUCACUCCGACCCUUUGAACAUCACCGGCAACUGGGUUGGUGAAGAUGUUUGCUCUUACAAUGGUGUGUAUUGUGCUCCUGCCCUUGAUGAUCCUACCCUGAAUGUGGUUGCUGGCAUUGAUCUGAACAAUGCAGACAUUGCUGGGAGCCUCCCAGAAGAAUUGGGACACUUGCAAGAUAUUGCACUUUUCCACAUUAACUCCAACAGAUUCUGCGGUGUUAUCCCAGAGAGCUUGCUGAAUCUUACACUUGUGCAUGAGUAUGAUAUAAGCAACAAUCGCUUUGUUGGUCGGUUUCCUUCUGUGGUCCUCACAUGGCCGAACUUGAAGUACCUGGACCUCAGAUUCAAUGACUUUGAAGGACCCUUACCCCCAGAGCUUUUUGAGAAGGAUCUUGAUGCAAUCUUUUUGAACAACAACCGUUUCUCAUCCUUCAUUCCAGACACCAUAGGAAAAUCCAACGCCUCGGUCAUCACCUUUGCAUACAACAAUUUCAAAGGCUGCAUUCCGAGCUCUUUCGGAAACAUGAAGAACUUGAACGAGAUUGUGUUCGUAGGAAACAGCCUCGGAGGAUGCUUCCCACAGGAUGUUGGAAAGAUGGAAAACCUGACGGUUUUGGAUUUAAGCGACAAUGGGUUUGAAGGGACUCUUCCUAACUUGUCAGGACUGAAGAAGGUUGAGGUGAUAGACAUUUCGCACAACAAGCUCAGUGGAUAUGUGUCUAAUACUGUGUGCCAACUUCCUUCGUUGAAGAACUUCACAUUCUCUCACAACUACUUCAAUGGAGAAGCUCAGAGUUGCGUGCCUUCACCCAAUUCGUUGGUGGCUAUGGAUGACUCAUACAAUUGUUUGUCUGGAAGGAAGGAUCAGAAGUCAUCCAAGAAGUGCUUGCCAGUGAUAACUCGCCCUGUGGAUUGCAACAAGCACUGUGGAGGAGAAGGCAAAGAGAAUGGCCAUAGCCCUAGCCAUAGCCAUGCACCAAAGCCAACUCCAUCUCCUAAACCUGAGACACCAAAGCUUGUACACUCUUCACCACCUCCUCCAGUUCACUCUCCUCCACCUCCCGUUUCCUCACCACCUCCACCGGUACACUCCCCAACACCUCCUCUCGUCUCCUCUCCACCUCCACCGGUACACUCCCCACCACCUCCUCCCGUCUCCUCUCCACCUCCACCGGUACACUCCCCACCACCUCCUCCCGUUUCCUCUCCACCUCCACCGGUACACUCCCCUCCACCUCCUCCUGUUCACUCACCACCACCUCCCGUUUUCUCACCACCUCCUCCUCCCGUCUCCUCUCCACCUCCACCUGUACACUCCCCACCACCAACUCCUGUUUUCUCAUCACCUCCUCCUCCCGUCUCCUCUCCACCUCCACCAGUACACUCCCCACCACCACCUCCUGUUUUCUCACCACCUCCUCCAGUUCACUCCCCACCACCACCACCAGUCAACUCUCCACCUCCACCAGUUUAUUCCCCACCACCACCACCAAUUUCCUCCCCUCCACCUCCACCACCAGUUGCCUCCCCACCACCACCAGUUCACUCUCCUCCUCCACCAGUUUCCUCCCCACCACCACCGGUUUCCUCCCCACCACCGCCACCAAUUUACUCCCCACCACCACCAGUGUACUCUCCUCCUCCACCAGUUUUCUCUCCCCCACCACCAGUUUCCUCUCCACCACCACCACCACCAGUGUACUCCCCACCACCGCCAGUGUACUCUCCUCCUCCACCAGUUUCCUCCCCACCACCACCAACACCAGUGUACUCACCACCACCACCACCAGUGUACUCUCCUCCUCCACCAGUUUACUCUCCUCCUCCUCCAGUCUCCUCACCACCACCACCACCAUCAAAAUGGGACGAUGUUUUCCUUCCACCACACUAUGGCUCCUCAUACAGUUCACCUCCUCCACCAACAAUUGCUGGAUACAACUAAAAGAUUUUGCAAUGCCAUUAACAUAUUUGUCCUUCUUUUUGCUAUGGUUCCCAAGAGUCUUUGGUGAAAAACUGAACUUCUUGUCCUUGGAUUCUGUGUAACCACUUAAGGGGGUUCAUCUCCACCAAUUCUAAUUCUAUGAAAUAUUAUGGGGCUUCAUCUCACUGAGUUCUAAUUCUCAUACCAUCUUCUUAUUCGUAAUCAACUACUGUCACAAGAUGAAUUAUUACUAAUGGUUGAAAAAAUAAAC